AUUUAACAAAGGUCUCCUAAAGGACCAUAGUUGGAAGAUGGAAGUUAGUCGAGGGAUAUUUUUCCUACAUACACAAAAUUUGAACUUUGUGAUGAUUUAUCUCUAAUCCGUUGCCCCUUGUCCACAACUCCACCCCUUAUCCGUUGCUUGCAUAUGCAACCUCCUCACUUUUCAAAGCAAUCCAGGAUACUUGGAACCAUGGGAUCUGUUCCGUUUCAAAAGCUUAUAAGCGCUUUUAAUUUUCAACGCCAUCAUUGUGACUUGUCUUGUCUAGAACACAGUUUGUUGAGACCUGGUCACGUAACCCAAAACUCAAGCGGACAAUUAGCAACAAGCAAAAUGAUUCCAAGAAGGCUGGUUUUGCAUAUGAUACCUCUGAAUUUUUGCCUCCAUGCUGAAGCCCUGGAGAUGAAGGAGGCUGAGGUUAUUAGGAGCCAAAAGCUUGAUAGUGGAGUCCGAAUACAAGAUAUCAUUGAUGGUGAAGGUGAAGAGGCUCAUGAAGGGGAUUUUGUUGAAGUCAAUUAUGUUUGUCGUCGGUCAAACGGAUAUUUUGUACACAGCACUGUGGAUCAAUUCAGUGGUGAAACUUCCCCGGUUGUACUUCCUCUGAAUGAAAAAGAGAUUAUAAAGGGUUUGAAGGAAGUGAUAAUCGGAAUGAAGGUUGGAGGGAAGAGAAGGGCAUUGAUACCUCCAAGUCUUGGAUAUGUUAACGACACAUUGGGACCUAUUCCAGACGAGUUUGGUCCUCGACGCAGCCUUUUGUCUCAUGUAAAGGAGCCCUUGAUAUUUGAGGUGCAGCUCCUCAAGGUUUUAUGAAUCAAUGUGAACUCAAGUGUAUGUGUAUGUGUGUGUGUGUGAAAAAGGUAGGCAUAUCCAUAUUCAUACCGAUUGACUUGGAGUUGGAGGGCUAUGUUAAUUUGUUGCUCAUUAUUAGCCGAAUGAAUUGGUGUAUUUUGUCACGUAUAUUUGAUUUUACGAGAGUGAAAUAAUUGCCUUUCCUUUCUUUUAAUAAAAGA